UGCAUUGGGCGCACGAAGAGUGGAAGUGGAGUGGACGGGGUCUUCAGGCAAAUCAGACAGGCAGUUAGUGGGAUACAUGCUUCUCAUAAAGCCAACAGGAUUUAGAAUAUUUCUGACACAUGACGCAAAUGUGUCUCUAAAGUAAAACCAGAUGUUCUUACUUGUUUGAAAGUCACUGUUAACUUACAAACCUAGCUUGUUAGCUGGACAGCUAGUGAUAAUGAAGAGUCGGACAAUCAGCUAGUGUUACACCGGCUAAUGCUGCUUUAGCCAUCUUCCUGUCACUGACAUCACUCCUUACGCUGACGAUAUGAGAUGUGUGCAUAACUUUUUAUCUGAUGGACAUGUUAUUGCUACCCGUUUUUCAUUAUGGACAGCGAUCUCAGCAAUUGCAGGCCCCAGAUUGGAGACAAUGGCAAGCUAACCUGGCUAGCAAGUUGCCUUUGCUGCUAAGCUUGCUAAAAGCUGGUGCGUGUCUGCAGCCGCACUAGAAACGUCGAGGUGUCUUCACCAUGAAUCAGGUGGAUAUGACAGACCAAAUCACAGCAGCUUGUAGUCAACCGUUGUUUCCCAACCAAGACCAGGCUAUGGCCGGCCAAGAAUCAUUCCCCCAGCAGCCCUACUCCAACAUAAUGUCUUCACAAUCCAAAUGGGUGAGCAACAGCAGAACUGAAGACACUGACCUGAUCAUAACUGAGGAUCUGCUCAGUUAUGGCACCUGUGAGAUUGAGACAAUGGUAGCAUUACACUGUCCUGGCGAGAGUGAAGAUGUCAUUGUUGAGGGUGACCACCUUGCACUGAGCAAUGAUGGCAUUACAGAGAUUUCUAACAGUGACCUAUCUCUGCCUGAGGUCUGCAUUUCUACCAACAGCAAUAGCUUUGAGGAGGAUAUGAACUAUGAGGUGCAGCAAGCAUAUCGGAUAUUUAAUGGCUUUCUCUUGGACAAGCACAAAGGGAUCACCAGCCCGUUCCUCCAGCCAAUAGGCCAGCAGGAAACCCAGCAUGGUAUUGGAGGCGUCCGGGGCUGGAGUCAGGCACAGCUCAGGCAGUUGAUGUGCUUGCGAAGGAUGGAGGAGAAGUUUAUCAACCAAGAGUAUGAGACCAUUACACAGUUUGUUGCAGACUUUAGGCUGAUGUUGGAGAACUGUUACCGUUACCAUGGGGUGGACCACUGGAUAUCCAAACAGGCUCAAAAGCUGGAAAUCAUGCUGGAGCAGAAGCUUACAUUGCUAUCUAGGACACUGCGAGAGAAGACUACUUUGGCAGUGACGUCUAAAGGACUUUUUGGUGCAGAGGAGGAACGAAGUUCAGGUGGCACCUCCACGAGGAGGAGGCUGGCGCCUCGUAGCCUGGCUACCAUCAUUGUUGGUGGACAUGAGUCUGUCAUGGUUCAGGCCCUACGGAUGGAAGAACAACAGAAGGCCAAGGAAGAGAAGAGGCAACGUGAGCUUGAGAAGAAAGAAGCAGAGGAAAUGUCAGCCAAAGAGGUGGAAGAGUGGGAGCAGAAUUUGCUGUCUCAGGCUUCCCCCCACACUGUGGACACACUUUGGGAAAUCCCUGCUAUAGGGCACUUCCUCUGUCUGGCUCAGUCUGCACUUAACCUCCCAGAGAUUGUAUUUUUUGAUCUGGAGCGUAGUUUGCUAAUGCCCCGAUGCAGCCUUCUUCUCUCCAAAAUCAUGUCUUCCCUGCUGUCCCCAGCCCAGCGAAGGGCCACUCUGCACCGCCGGCCUGUACUGCCUUACCGUCGCUGGGAGUCAGAGCUCAGGCAGCGGGUCAUGGGCUGGUAUCGGUCUGUCGGAGCCUCCCAUAAUCAGCCAGGUCGGGCUGAGCAGCUGGGACUCUGCUACACAUUUUUCAGUACCCUUGGAGAUGUGAGUCCUAUGGAAGAGAAACCCUUUCACUUACUGCCCUUCUACCAGAGAGUAUGGCUUCUGAAGGGGCUGUGUGAUCAUGUGUAUGAGACACAGAAACAUGUGCAGGAUGCUCUCCUGGCCCAGCCAAUCCAUGAAUGUAGGGAGUCUAUUUUGGGAUAUGACAGCAAGGACAAUGCCUAUAUACAUUUCCCACAUUUCUGUGGGGCAGACCUGAGGAUAUACCGCCAGAGCCCCAGCACAACCCCAGUGUCCCCUUUCCCUUCUGUGUGGGUCAAAAGGGUUGAUAUAGAGCAAGGGACGGAGGGUGAAGAGUCAGAUGGAAUGAAAGAAGAGGGGGUUACAGGUGGCGGUGGGUGUUAUGAAGGCUCAAUGGACACAGGAGAGUCUGAUGACUUUGGAAAGGGGAGAGCAGAGACACUCAGGGGUUUAAAAGAGGAAAAUGGGGAUGGAAAGGAAGAUAACAUAUUUCAAUCCUGGUCAUUGAAGAAGAAAGAGGAGGGGUCUGACUCAGUGUCCUCUGACGAAAACUCCUGUGAAGAUAAAUUGGACUUUAAAAAACACAUUAAUUCCUUAACACUUUCACACACAAGUCCUAUUGGUGGAAGUGAUGCGGGAAUACAUUUGAAUACAGAGACUGUAGAGCUAGAACAUCAAGCCAAGCAACGGAUAUUAAAACAGGAGCAGGGCCUCUCAUUGGGCUCAAUGCGCACCAUUAAGGCAGAGAUACAGGAGCCCUGUCUGAAUGUAGGGGAGCACAGCUACACAGGCAGGUCACCUGCUCGCUUGGUGAAUUUUGCCUCCCCUAUGAAACCAAUCAAAAGGGGAGGAGGAAGUCCCAGUCAGGGGCAGCAAAGGUCUUCCUGUCUGGAUUGCUGUAAAAGCAAAACUAGUAAUGUUGAAUCUAAGGAGCACGACUGUAGCUGUGGCACAUCAGGGAUAGCAACACAGUUGUCUUCUGAGAGUUCUCAAAAUUCAAGUGAUGAGAGGGUGAAUGAAAAAAUCUGGCCUAAGAACAGAAAGCGAAAGAAAAGGCGAGGGAGGGAACAGCUGCCAAGGGUGAAAGGGGAGCACAAGCAGCUGCAGCCUGUGGACAGGAUGUCCCGAGCAGAGACUACCAAGUCUGCGGUGCGGAAAGUUGCCACAACGAUCAAUAGAAAAGACAGGAAGAGAAAACAUAAAACAGUGUUUAUAUCUGCUAUCUUGUUGACAGUAAAAAAGCUGGAAUCUUCAAUGAAAAUUAAAGAUGAACCUUCAGUUGAGCCAUCAUUUAAGUUGGUAUGCUGCAGUCUUGAGGGGCUGCGAGUGCUGAUCAGUAAGACAGAAGAUGAGCUUGAUGAUCUGGAGAGCACCAAAAAGAGAUUGGGUCGGUGGUACCACAGGAGAGAAGCAGUAAAAGACCUCCACAGCACUCUAAUCAGACUACUGAAUGAGCUUUCACUCUGGGAACCCAAACUUGUAAAAGCCUUCCAAAGGAACAGGCUUCGUUUGAAAAAGGAAUGUGAUGAUUUCAAGAAGCACCCAGAAUACAAUAACUUUGUGCGUGAGGAGUGCAUUUCAUCAUCAUCAUCAGAUGAGGAUGAUGAGGAUGAUGAAGAGAGCGGUUUGGGAAAGGAGUUGUGUUCACCCUUGGAUAAUUACAGAAAAUCCGAAGACGAAGACCUGGAACAUAUGGUUCCAAGAGGUCUUUGGAGUGGAGCCACUAACAGAGAGUUUGUGGCAGAGUCUGCUGGAGAAAAAAUGAUGACCUACUUACCCCCCAACCACCUAAAACCAUCCCUUUCCAGCACAGAGAAACACAUCAGUCCACUAACAAGAAGUUACAAUCAUUCAACCCCCGAAUCUGGGAAACAUUCUCGAUUCGACCUGAGAUCAUCAAAUCAAUCCAAGGAUUCCAUCUCAACCCAGGCUCCACUAUUACCCAGAACCCCCAUCCUCCAUCCCACCACUGGACUACCUAAGGGCUACACGCCUAUCCCCACCCUGCUGGCUAAGAGUGUGGGAAACAAAGUGACCUUAAUGAAACGGCCUGCUGAUUUUACUACACAACUUUCAAAAGCACAAUGUUCUCCAUCCAGUUCGCGACAAAUACAGAUUCAAGGACUUAAACAAACAGAGGUACCAAGACAGCCAGGAUUGGCUACAGUAAUGGCAGCUCUUCCUAAAUCACAGCAGGGGAAACCAACCCAGACUGUACAAAAGAAUCCUGUCCAAGUUGUGUACACAGUACCUGACAGGCUGGGUCACCUUGUGAGGAAGGAGAGCCCAGUCAAGAUCGCUGUUCAUCCUGUCGUGGACCAGAACACUCGGGAGAAGAUCAUGCCGCAAUUGGUGAUUCUGCCUUCUAAGCUUCUCAUUAACAACACUGAAGAAAAUUUGUUUUCUAAGGGCGUUCAGGUCCCACUUUCUAAAGUGGCCAGCCCCUUCUGUAUGUCUACCAAUGUGCCUGGGUUCACUAUUCCCGAAAACAAAAUCCCUGUUCAGCAAGUGGCUCCCUUAAAAUAUGCCAGGACACCUUCUCCUUCCCCUCAUCUAAACACAGCAGGGCUCAAGGGGAUACAGUUUUGCAGCCCCCAAGCUAGCAAACCACAAAGUGUCAUGCCAAACCCCUCACCAAUCCCCACUCCUUCUAGUGCAGUUUCUACUGACCCUGAUAAACCCGCUUACCCUAAACAGGAGCUUAAGACUGUAUGUAUCCGUGACUCGCAGUCCAUCCUGGUUACAACUAGAGGAGGCAACACGGGCAUCGUCAGGGUCCAGACCUCCUCAGACCAGAAUGCUCUUGGUUCGUUGACCAACAGUCCAGUCAUCACCAUCUCACCCCAGUUUAAAGCCUUCCUCAUAUCCAAGACGUUACAGGCUCAUUCUGCAGCAUCUCAGACUUCCCCUUGCACCGUCCCAGCGUUGACAAAUAUACCAGUGGCCCCAAAUCAGGAGCAGGUUCCUGCGUUCACUGGUGGCAUUCCUGUUACACGUCCAGGAAGCCAUACAGCAAGCACCACGGUUACAGGAAAUCAAGGCCCCAACACAUCAGUUGGUUUGAUGAAUUCAGCAAAGACACCUGCUCUUGGUUCUCAUUUUCAAGCUUCAUUAGGAAAAAACACAGUUGCUGUCUCAUCAUUGAGUAAUUCUGGUGUUCCCCAAGUUCUCACACAAGCUGAGUUUAACAAGACGGGUUUGAAGAGGGCCAGUACAGAGGAGAGAUCCCAAGUUACUAAAUUCAUUCUUGUUACUCCCUCUUCUUCCUCUAAUUCAGCCUUAUCAAAAGGUAAACCCUCUUUCCCCAAAUCAAUUCCUGGUUCAAGAGUCAUGUUCAUCAGCCAACCCACAGCGACAUCAUCCACAACCUCUAUGGGAAGAUUUCCAAAGCCGACAAUAGCGCCAGGGGCGAGUGGACAGCUGCUGAGCACUUCAUUAUCAGGUCAGACUCUACAGAUGGCAUCGAGCACAGGCCAACCUGCGGUCAACUCAGAAGCUUUCAAGAACAUCACUCUGCCCUCAGGUGUUCAAAUCCAGUUGUCAGGGAAGACGACAACCAUUGGACAGACAAUAGGUGCCCUGUCGCGCUCUCCUACUAAGAGCACACCAGAAACAACCCGUCCAUCAGCCACCACCACUGGUCUGGUCCCAGUUACAAGUUCAAAUACCAUCACAAGUUGUUCAGCUCAGCUUGCCCCUCAGGCGUCUCAGACCCCGAGCUCUAAGGGUAUUUCGUCCUUCAACAUGAUCUCCCAACCAUUCUCUUCCACAUCUACUUCUACCACUCUGCCUGCAGGAAACAUCAACAAGAUGGCCGGUGGUAUGCCAGCAGGUCGCUUGUUCAGCAACUCAACUGCUCAGGUAACUACUGCUGUGCAGAGUAACCUAGCUCAAACCUCCACAUCCACACUUGUUCAUCAGCAUUCAAAUAUCCAAAGUGGCAUUGGUCAAGAAAUCACUUCCUUCUCACCUCCCCAAACAACCAUCCCCUCAGCAUCAACCACCAAUACCCCGUUCACCACCUCCACUCCUGGCACAAUCCAGCAGCGCAUAGUCAUCAACACCUCUAAGCCCCUUGCUGCCGGUACACAGAUCCUCCUCAACAAUGCACGUUUUGUAGUCCCACCCCAGGGUUUGGGCCCAGGCAGCCAUGUCCUCAUCAUCUCUAACCCUGCACCACAAAAAGUGCCUACUGCCAGUGCCACCAGCACUGGAGCAUCAGGUCCUGCCCAAGUGGCAAGUCAUGUCACUGUAGCCCCUCGAGCACCAAGUUUACCCCAAUGUCCCACCAGGCUGCUUGGUGUGCCAGCCGCGAGUUCUCCUUUUGUAGCAUGCACACCUGCUGUUGGUCCAUCGUUGCUAGCAAAUACUUCAAAUGUCCCGCCAUGUCCGGGCUCCACGUGGUUACCCAGUAAAACAAAAGUAGUGUCUGCUCUGCCGAGGCUGCCAGCUGCACAGGUCUGUAACUUUGCUUCUCCACCUGGAGGCACACCCUCUCUUAUGUCAUCACCACCUAGGUUUGGCAGUUUACCAGCUCUAGUUUCCCCAGUGGUAACCAGUGCCCCUGCUCUCAGCUCAGCACUCACUACCUUCAGGUUAGCUGCUGGCACUCGUACACCAGCUGAAUGUUCUACCAUUUCACCUGCAGUAGCAUCCCCCUUGUCAAGAUUGUUUGCACCUCUAUCAUCAUUGCCUGUUUUAUCAAGCCCUUCAGCUGUUGCCCAGCCCAGCCCUGUCACACUGACCCUCUCCUCAGCAGGCGCCCCAGCUUUGCGUUCUUCUCUUCCUGCUCAGCAGGUGGUUUCAGCAACAACACCGGGCCCAGGCACACAGCCCCAGCAGAUAGCAGUUGGAAUUGCAGCCUACUCCACAGCUCCAUCACAGGCUUUGCUGCACAUGGGACUAGGCAACAUAGCAGUCAAAAACAUGGUGCCUGCAGUCAUGCAUCCAGUUCUUGCUGGCACACGGACACAGGUAGUGCCCACAGUGGCUGUCCCGCCAAUUGUAAGUGCAGUUUCUAGGAUGUAGACGCUGCCCAUUGCUACAGUUAAACCCAACGUAAGCACUCUCAACACCUGUGAAACAGCGCCUGUGGUCACAGCGCUCUCCUCCAGAAGCACUGUAGUAAGCACUCCAUCGCAACCAAUCUCAUCACUGAAGACAAACACCAUCCUACCACCUUUCGUUUCGACCAAUCAAGCACUUGAAAAGCGUACCAGUGUAGCAUCCAAGCUACUCAUUAGUCCUGAUGGUGCUGUUUUGAACACAGUUCAGUGCCGGGUCAAUCCAGUUGAGCUGACUGCCUUCCCCAUACCGCUGGAUGCACUGCUGGUUUCCCCCAACAAUUCCACUGGAGCUCUACACACACAAGAUUCCUCUUUACAACCUUCACACACAGACAGAAAGUGAACCGAUAAUCUCAGACUUUGACAUCCAUGUGAAGACUCAGAUGCCACCUUUCAGAUGCCUAGUUUUUCCAGGACUCAUAUCAUCUUGUAGAAAUCCUGGGGUUAGUUAAAAACUGCUGUCCUGCUGUAGUUUGACUUACAUUUAGAAUGUAGUAGGUUAUACCCUCCGGUUAGAUCAUCUUAUAGGUAAACGGUAUGCUCAGACAUACUGAACAUAUGUACUGUGAUGGUUUUCAUAAGUGAAAAAUGGGGAGGUUGCCCUAAGAUGAAUGUUGGAGACUUUCCUUUUUCUUAACUUUAUGGCCAGUAAUGUUAUAAAAGAGCAGGGUAGAUGCAAUGAAGUUCAACUCCGGUAUUUGUAAUACUUUUCAAUGCCAUAACAUACUGCUUCAAUAAUGAAUAAUAGGAUACUAUUCACCGGUACAACUUGGCUUUACUUUAUGUCUGUUUUACAAUACGGAUUGUUCAAAUCCAGAUUGUCAUGUGGUCCUCUUUUCAACUACAAUUUAGAAAUAUAAAUAAAAUAAACUAAUAGAUACAUUUGUACUACAUAUAGUUGCACCCCAUAUACAAUGUUUUAAAUUCACAGUUAUUUAUUUUUACCACAUAGAUUUUUAAACAAAUAUUUACUAGUAGGUACAUUUUCAUUGAACAAAUGUGGACGUUUCUGCAUGGGAAUAAACAAUGCAACUGUCCCCA